UUGAACAAUAACUUAGGCUGACCAGCAGCUUAUAGAGACAUUAAGGACCAGUAUUGAAGAAGACGAACGAUUGAAGAAGAAACUUCCAGAAUUAGUGAAUGAAUGUUGCGAACUUCUUGGAAAACUAGAUAUAUUCUACAUCAAUAACAUAAUGAAGUUUGACUACGAACUGUCCGAGUUAGAAUGGAAAGAUAAAAAGGAGCUUGGUAGCGGAGCAUAUGCCGAAGUUUACAAAUCCAAACUGAAGAAAAAAGACAGACCAGUUGCACUGAAGGUGACCAGUGAUGAAGUCAACGAAUCAAAUGUUACAGAAAUUCUGAGUGAAGACAGGACAUUGAGGGAUCUUAGACAUGAUAAUGUUGUCAGAUAUUACGGUGCCUCGUAUGAGAAAACAUCAAAAGGUCUACACUGGAUAAUGGUCCUAGAGUUAUGUCGGACAACCCUCAAACAGAUCUAUACUGGGAGUGAAAGAAAUGAACGGAAGAUACCUGGUUGUCUUGGGAACGAUCAUCCUCGUUAUGCUGAUGCAGCGAAGUUUGUGCUCGACCAUGCCCACCAAAUAUGUCUUGGCCUAGAAUACAUUCAUGAAAAAGGAUACACACAUAGGGACAUGAAACUAGAAAAUGUGCUGGUAACAGACGAUAAUGUCAUCAAGAUUACAGAUGUUGGCGUGACCAAAGUUACAAAAAUGCUUUCGCAGACUGAAAGGGGGUCUCCAGCGUAUAUGGCACCGGAAGUCCUCCUCUCAGAUAGGGCCCAAACAAACAAGCUGGACAUCUACAGUUUCUCAAUCAUGUUCUGGGAAAUGUGGUUUGGAAAAGACAUAGCAGACGAGAUAGCGACUAAAUGUUUCGCCUACGGUAUCAACGGCAAUGCAAUGGACGAGCUAAAAUAUCAUAUUGCCAAACCUGACGGCUGGAGGCCCUCACUCAGUUCACCUAAAUGUCCACCAGAUUUGAUACUAGAUGUUUUGAAAAGGGGAUGGUCCUUUAAUCCCGAGAUGAGACCAAGUGCGAAAGACUUUGGAAACACAAUUAAUCAUGUACUUAAAAACGUUCUAUAGACAAAAUGUUUAAUUACCAUAGUGAUCAGUGGGUGAGAGUUUAGUAUGAAUAUUUUAUCACAAAAGUAACAAAAUUGUAUUGCCUGUUGUAUUAUUAUUCAGUAAUUCGAAAAUAUCUUUAUAACUGUUAAAACAUAACACUAUUUCUAGUGUUUAGAAUUAUUCAGAAUUAUUUCUUAUAAACAAUAUUGUAAAUGAUAUUAGCUUUAACAUAACGAUAGACAAUCUAUGUUUAAACAAUUAAACAAUUUAUUUACUUGGUGUCGUAUAAAACAUUAUCAGUUACUAUACACAAAGUUAUGAUAGACUUAGUGUAUUUAGUAACAAGUAGAAAUCGCUGAAAAAUAACCACGAGUAGGAAGGGAAUAAAACAGAUAUGUUUGACUGUUUGAAAUUCAAAAGGCACGAGAUGUAGUUAAAAAUGUGUAAAAAGAAGAAGAAGAAGAAGAAGAAGAAGAAGAAGAAAGAAAGAAAGAAAGAAAGAAAGAAAGAAAGAAAGAAAGAAAGAAAGAAAGGAAAGAAAGAAAGAAAAUGAUUGUAAUGAUGAAAAAUGUCCAAAUCAGACUCUGAAAUUUAGAAUACAAACACUCGUUGUUAAUCAUUAUAUAUGUAGUGCCCGGAAAAGGAAAUAUUCUGUAUAUCUACAGAAGUAUUGGUAAUAUUGCCGCCAGCAGAGACCAAUGAAAAUUUACGUAAAAAACUUUCAGUGUUAUAACACGUUAAAGACAUUUGUAAUUAUCCUGUAUUUGAUAAUUCAUUUUGGCAAAACCACCUUUACAUAUAAUAAUCUCAUUGGUCCUAUGCAUACAUAAAAAGUCGACUUAAGUACAUUUAAGUGUCAUUCAGUGAAUUAAUUCAAAAUUUAUAGGUCACCUUUUGGCAAAUUAUAUCCUUAAUGGGCACGGAUAGUGGCAAUGAUGACCGGUGUCCGUAUGCUAUAGCUAAAUGCCUCAAAGGGCGUGUUGACCCUUAUUAAUUUAACCUAUAAUACAUCUAUAGAUCACGCUUUUUAAUAAAUAAGAAACAAAG